CCACGGUCGAGAAUUCCACUGAAAACGAUUUGAUUGGUGGGACUUGGGAGCCCAAGAUAUCUGCGAGAUCCGCAACUUCCACAGCCGAAACACCUCGGGAGCAAGGAAACUUCCAUUCCACAACUUUCGACCAAACCAUGCAGCCAAGCCCGACCAAGUCCCAAGCUCCCGUUGCGACGAGCGCGUUAAAGGAUGCCAUCUCCACGGAGCUCAAGAACAAGCCGUUGUCUCCGUACGUGAAGAUGUUUGCGGGGAUGGCUGGGGGUGUUGUGGAAGCAUGUGUGUUGCAGCCUCUGGACGUGACCAAGACGCGGCUUCAGUUAGACCGCACGGGCAUGUACAAGGGCAUGUUCAACUGCGGGAAGACGAUCUAUCAGACCGAAGGCGGCGGUGCGUUGUACAAGGGACUGUCUCCGUUCGUGGUGCAUUUGACUCUCAAGUACGCGCUUCGGUUUGGGUCAUUUGCGUGGUUCAAGGAGCUUUUGGGGGCCAAGCAAGGCGCGAAGGCGAGCAACCAGGUCAAUUUCACGGCGGGGCUGCUCACGGGAUUCCUCGAGUCGGUGCUGAUCGUGACGCCGUUCGAAGUGAUCAAGACGCGCAUGCAAAAAGAGAUUGGCGUGAGCAAGUUCACUGGACCGGUAGACUGCGCCCAGCAAGUCAUUCGACGAGAGGGCGUGGCGGCGAUGUGGAAGGGCAACAUCCCCACGAUGAUCCGACAGGGCAGCAACCAGUCGUUCAACUUCAUGUCGUUCGCAUGGCUCAACUCGAACGUGUGGAAAAAGGAGGACGGCGACGGCAAGCAGCUCGAGAUGUGGAAGACGUUCGUGAACGGCCUUGUCGCCGGCAGCGUCGGACCGUGCUUGAACUGCCCCAUGGACGUGAUCAAGACGCGGCUCAUGGCGCAGGAGACGGUCGCGGGCAUCGAGCCCAAGUACAGAGGGUUCAUCCACGCAUUCAACGUGAUCGCCAAGGAGGAAGGGCACGCGGCGCUGUGGAAAGGACUCGUGCCGCGGCUCACACGCAUGGCGCCAGGUCAAGCCAUCACAUGGACAGUCGUCAUGCGGGUCACGGCGUACUUUGAGAACCACCAGUAGUAGACUCAGAGUGCAUUACUGUAUUGAAUAGAAGAUUAGAAUAACAACCAAGGGCUACAUAACUACAUAUGAUUGUAAUUACGACUCGUACAUCGUCGA